UCCCGGUGCUCCCGCCGCUCCCGGUGCUCCGCGUCCCUCUGCCGCCCCGCGCCUCGUCGCCGACACCCCGCCACCAUGGAGGCCAUCAAGAAGAAGAUGCAGAUGCUGAAAUUGGACAAGGAGAAUGCCAUCGACCGCGCCGAGCAAGCGGAGGCUGAUAAGAAGCAGGCGGAGGAUCGCUGCAAGCAGCUGGAGGAAGAACAGCAGGGCCUGCAGAAGAAGCUGAAGGGCACUGAGGAUGAGGUGGAGAAGUACUCCGAGUCUGUCAAGGAGGCCCAGGAGAAGCUGGAGCAGGCGGAGAAGAAAGCUACAGAUGCUGAGGCUGAAGUGGCUUCCCUCAACCGCCGUAUCCAGCUGGUAGAGGAGGAGCUGGACCGCGCCCAGGAGCGUCUGGCCACUGCCCUGCAGAAGCUGGAGGAAGCUGAGAAGGCGGCUGAUGAGAGCGAGAGAGGCAUGAAGGUCAUCGAAAACAGGGCCAUGAAGGAUGAAGAGAAGAUGGAACUCCAGGAAAUGCAGCUGAAGGAGGCGAAGCACAUAGCAGAGGAGGCUGACCGCAAAUAUGAGGAGGUUGCCCGCAAGCUGGUCGUUCUUGAGGGAGAGCUGGAGCGCUCCGAGGAGAGGGCAGAGGUGGCAGAGAGCCGAGUGAGACAGUUGGAAGAAGAGCUGCGGACCAUGGACCAGUCUCUCAAAUCCCUCAUUGCCUCAGAGGAAGAGUAUUCCACCAAGGAGGAUAAGUACGAGGAGGAAAUCAAGCUUCUAGGGGAAAAGCUGAAGGAGGCUGAGACCCGGGCGGAGUUUGCCGAGAGGUCUGUGGCAAAGCUGGAGAAAACCAUUGAUGACCUAGAAGAGCGCUCUCAGCAGGAGGCCGAGAAAAACCGUGUUCUCACUAACGAGCUGCGGGUCAUCCUUACUGAACUUAACAACUGAGCAGCCCAGAGCUCCUGGCCCCGGCCCAGCCUCCCUGCCCCAUUUUGGCCAGGCUGGCUCCAGGCUGGGAGCCCCUCCCCGCUGGGGUGAGGCAGGGUGUGAAGCCUUGCCUUAUCCUCAUAGGGGUAACUACCCUGAUGGGGCAGGACAGGGCGCCCCUCUGGAGUUGAUCAGUUUUUGUGGGAGAGAUAUGAAAGGUUUUGGGAUGUUCUGGGAUGCCCAUGUAGUCAUGGAUGUCCUCUGGCAUCAUCCUGGUUCUUCUCGGGAGGGAUGUGGUGGUUUGUACUGCUGCCUUCCUCCCCUUGUCCUGCGAGUCAGUGGGCAGCCUCUUCCUCCUCACUCUGGUCACCCCAAAUUGUGCAGGAUGGAUCCCCUUAGAAAGAGGUCCUUGGAGGGUGCUGGGAAGGUUGGGAAAAGAGCUGGGGAUCUAGCAGCACCUGCUGCCCCAAAUUUGGGACAGGGAAGAGGCUAGCAGGGCACACUGAGAUAGGAGAUAGGGCUGGGUGGACAGCAGUCUUGUUCCAUUCCUGUCUCUGGGGGAAGCAGGAUGCCAUUUGGAAGUGAACACCAGAGGGAGGCUGCCUUGGCAGAAGGCUGCCCGGCAGAGCUUAUCCUUGUAGCCUUGUUAGCUCUGCUCCUUAUCUCUGUUGUCCUCUGCCCACUCUCCUGGGCUGUUCAUGGGCUGCUUUCUCACUUCUUUUCUUCACGGAGCACUGGUGGGUCAUGCAGCAGGCAUCGGUUCUCUGCUUCUGCUGGCCAAGGGUUUGUGCAUGUGCCUGCAGCUGGCCAGUGGUGAUGCCCCAGUGUCUGGCCAAAUAAUGGUACUCGCCAGCGGCACCUGUGCUGCAGAGUGCUCAGCCACGGGCAACGGGGCAACCUGGGAAGAUGGAAAUGCUGAAGAGUGGUAACUGCCUGUCCCAGUGACCAGCCUGACUGGCCUGGCUUCCCUGGCAGAUCCCAGAAUGGCUGGACUCAUCCCUGCCAGAAUUGGGGCUACCUGUGUGGACUAUACUCCACAGGGGAUUCCCCGUUUGACUGGGGGCUGUUGCUGUACUGAAAUGUCCAUGUGUGUGUGUGUGUGUGUGUGUGUGUGUGUGUGUGUGUGUGUGUGUGGUGUGUGUGCAUCCCGCUGCACCUGGGUACAUUUGGUUUGUGUCUGUGUGCGUGGCUGGGUGUCCCUUGUAUUCACAGAGAGCCUGGCCAGUGCCAAAGAGGAGAAUGUGGGGAUACACCAGGUCCUGGACCAGACCUUACUGGAGCUGAACAACCUCUGAGCUGCCCUUGCAAGCCCCUAUCCCUUUUCCUUACCCAACACAUGCACCCCACUGGCAUGCUCAGGAUGCGGUCAUCGGCUGAACUGCAUCUUGGCCAAACCCACACCUCCAUUGAGAAGGGAAGCUCAGCAGCCUUGCACUGUUGCUCAAGGGGAUCUUGUUUGUGCACAGCCUAACUGGCUCUGUCCUGUCUUUAUGUCCAAAUAUUAAAGCAGUUUGACAAGA